GAAGGUGGGAAAUUGAGUGGUGAGAAGACAAAAAGGACACACAGCUCGUUCUUAUGAGACACCAGAGCAGACUCGAGGCGUUUUCCACCGGGCAGAUCUUACACCUUAAUGGACCUAAUGUGGACUCACCGGGAGCAGCCAAGCAGGGCAUGGCUUUAAGCAGACUCCUGCUGCUCUGUAUGGUAGCCUCUGAGGUGUGGGACGCGUGGACCAGACCCAUAGAUUUUGUAUGCAACAGAGCUGCCAGGAGGGCUAUGAAUAUUGUCCCAGCAAUAAACCGUGCACUGAGUGACUGUGAUGGCUCCACGACCCUCCUCACUUCAGUUCAGCUGCCCUGCACCGAGCUUCACCUAGCAUCCUGGGAAACAAAAUCAGACCAGGAGAAGAGAGCAGACGUGGUUGCAUCCUUGAGGGUCCUCAGCGAGAGUGUGAAGGCUGCGGCCCUGAGACAGGCGGGAUGUGGAGCUUUGAUACUUCAGAGACUGGAGAACAACAUCAACAACUACGCGCUCAUCCUAACACGCCUUCAGCUGAGCGGACCAGCGCUGACACCAUCGCUGUCUUGUGUCCCACGAAGCACCCAAAGUCUGAGAACAGUCCUGCAGAGCUACAACCAGCUGAUCUCAGGCAAACUGGAGCGAUUCAUCGUUAGCCUGGAAGACAGAUGCACUUCCCAGUGAUGCAGGAACAUUUCUCACAAAUAGAAGGUUUAAGUUAAUCACCACUGGAGCCCAAAGUCUGUAAAAGAAGUCAGUCAGUCAAAGGAAAACAGGAAAACCGACCUGGUUUUCCUCUCUUCUUUUUUAUAUUGUAUUGUACUGCAUUGUAUUGAUAUGUAGACCCACACAAAAGUACAUAUGCAUUCCUCUCUGCUGGUCAUUAAGAAAAACUUAAGAUGAAGAAGUGGGUGCAAAUGGAAAUACAGCAACAUAUCUGAAAGAUACACUAAUAUAAGCAUGCUUUAAAUGUGCACGUAAACGCUGCAUUCGUAGCCUGCAGGCAGCUUCUCGAAGUCUUUCAUUGUAUGUGAACAAUUUCCUUGAUCAAUUAUCCCUGAGAGUUUGUGAUCAUGUGGCCCGCAGUAGUUUGUUUGGUGUCAGAUAUGUGUUGUUGCUCCUGAAUCAGUGGUACAGAGGUCACGCAAAAAAUACAUAUUAUGCUUCUACUGUUGCCUUUCCGGUAUGAAGCCAAGUGAGCAGAUUUUGUUCAUUCUUGUUGCACUUUUGGAUCUCAUUUCUUGUUUACACUUUUAUAUCAGAGGUAUAGAUCUAUGCAUGUGUUUUACCUUUCCAAUACUAGAAUUUUACCCUUGGUGAAUUUCUGUAUUUGACUGCAAUUAAAAGGACGUUUUUCCACACUAAUUAACAAAAACACUGUUAUUAAAAUAACUACUAUAUAUUGUC